UCCAUUUACCAGCCAGUCUCUAGCCCCCUCUCCAGCAGCAUCCCGCUGGUAGUGAAAUGUAGCGGGACCUGAGUGCGACAUGAACGGGCCUCAGCUCAGUGAAUUGCCGGACGACUCAGAGCAGCUCGGGCCGUAUGUGCGCGGCCUCAGACGGAGAGCGCUGCAGGCGAGCGAGCUGUCCGCUGUCAGGACGUUCUCCGACCAGUUUCUCGUCAAGUUUCUGCGGGCCAGAGACCUCGACGUGGAGCUCUCCCUGAAGCUCUUACUGAACUACCAGCGGUGGCGGAGGGAGAGUCCUGAGAUCAGCACCUGUCUGUCUCCCUCCUCGGUGCUUGGCCUCCUCAACACAACGUACCAUGCUGUCCUCCCACAGCGGGACCACACUGGCAGCAGGGUGCUCAUCUACAGGAUCGGGCAGUGGAACCCAAAAGAUUGGUUGGCCUUUCAGGUGUUCAGUGUCAGCCUGAUGACAUCAGAGAUCAUCUCCAUGGAAGUGGACACGCAGAGACAGGGUCUAAAGGCCAUAUUUGACCUGCAGGGGUGGAGUCUAGGCCACGCCCUUCAGAUUAACCCUUCCAUCGCCAGAAAGAUGUCCUCUGUACUUUCGGACUCUUUUCCACUGAAAGUUAGAGGAAUCCAUCUGGUUAACGAGCCAGUGUUCUUCCGACCAGUGUUCGCCAUGAUCCGUCCCUUCCUGCCAGAUAAGAUCAAACAGAGGAUCCAUAUGCAUGGUGCAGAUUACCACGACACUUUAAGCGACUUCUUCUCACCGCCUGUCCUGCCUCCAGAAUAUGGAGGGGAGGGACCUGGCAUAGAGAGGGCCUGUCAGGACUGGACCAAUCAGUUGCUUCAAUCAGAGAAGCUCCUGCAGCAGAUUGCCACUCACCCAACAGGGGACAUCGCCAUUACUCCUGAGGACUGUUUGAUCUCAGAGGAAGUGGAGACUGAGCAACUUGUAGAGGGAUGAUGUUUGGAGUGUUGGUCCUUCAGAUCGCACACACACUGCUGUUUAUUAAAUUAGAUCAAACCAACCUAAUACACUCUCUGCCAGCCAUUUUUGAGGCCUUAACUUGUGAAUACUCACUGUGCAAGUUGUUGGCUGUCUGCACUGCUUUAAAACAUUCAGCAUUGGUCUAUCUGAUUGACUCUGUGUUUACAUGAGGUUUGCCUGUUAUCUCUCUUCCUGGUUACAUUGCUCAUUGGAAUCUGACCAAAGGGAGAAGUUGCAUCUUCUAAUUGGAAUACACAUAAGCAAAUAAGCAUAUGUUUCCCACAAUGUUGAAGUUUUUUUUGUAAGUAAUACUUUCUUAAUUCAUGUAUUUGCUACCUGCAAAUUAACAGUUAGUUAACAGUUUGUUCAGCUUAACUGAGUCAACUCUUCUCAAGCUACUGUGUUUGGAGUAGAAGCUAGAUCUAAAGGUUCCACAGAUCAGCCGGUUGCCUCCACUAGGAAACAAACCUACAUUAUCAGGUCUUUCACAUAUACAGGAAUGUCACUGGAUGUUGCAAAAAUGCAAGUUUUUUCAGGGAUUCACUCUAGUUAAAUUAAUACCCAUUAGCCAAUUCUCCAGUGGACGUCAGGGAUGGAUAGCUAGGAGGAGAUUUGUGUAGCUGCAGCAAGGUACAAGCUGCAACCAGAGGACUGAGCUACAAGAAGCAAGAAACAAACGCUCAUCUUGCUGUAAAGUCCACUGUGAGACUUUGAUGCAAAAAUACAUGGAAGCCAAACAGUUUACACAACAGUGUGUUUUCACGUCACCAUGGACAACAUGAACUCUGACUUCCCUCCAACUCAUCACUUUAUCAAGAAAUUCAUCUAAUCAGCCAGCCAAGCCAAUCCAUCCACUAUUCCCUUUAUUCAUGGUUAAUCAUUGUACAUUUGGUCUUCAUUUUAACAGUUUAAAAUCCUUUUUCUUUUCAGAAACCUUUGACUAUGUUAGGACCAAUAUAUAUCCCAUGUACACAUGUAUCGUAAAAUGUGAAUUUGCUGUUUACACUGAGUUUAUAAUCAUUUUUAUCAGGUUACCUAAAAUAGGUUCAUAAUAACAGAAUGUAUAUUUAUUUACAUUGCCCUUUAAAAAAAGAGAAUAAAUGUAUUUCUUAGAUGCUUGGGUCUUUCUAAACACGUACAAUUAUAUUGACUUUAAAGUUACAUAAAGGCAAGCACAAAAGUUAUGAUGUUCUCUUGUGGUAACACAUUUUUAACUGUUAACAAUAUUUUGAUGUAUACGAUAUGACUGCAUUUUUGUAAGAUGUGUGCACAUUAAUGUGGUCAAUAAAUGGAGUAUGUCU